AUGAAGUUUGGCAACUACCUCCAGGAUAGAAAGUCUCAGUUACCAGCAACCUAUGCAGAGAACUGUAUUGAUUACAACAGCUUGAAAUCCUUUUUAAAAUCAGAUGUGUAUUCUCAUUCCAUUAAACUCGAGAAUACGGAAAAGCAACAGCCCUUUGCUCAACUGGUUUCUGAGCGACUCGGCCAGUUACAGAAAUGCGAGGUCGUCUUUAUCGAAAAGCUGGAUACUCAGGUGGAAAGAGCGACUCAAUUCUUUGAACAAGAAACCAAAUCACUGACAUCCUUAGCAGCAGAUGAUGCAACCAAGGAAACAGCCAUGGAUUUGUUGAAAAAGAUCAUCACAUUGGAGAGAUUUGUGUUUUUGAAUUACACUGGUAUCACCAAGAUCCUCAAAAAGAACGACCGCCAUUCAGGCUUAUCGCUGUCUGAGCCUUACUUGCAACGAGUGGCUGCCCUACCUUUGGUCAAGGCAGAAGCAUUGACUCAAUUGAAACGCAGUGUCAUGAUCAAGUUGAAUAAUCAAACGCCAGACACCAAACCAUCGCCCAUCAUGGUCAGAAGCCGCUCAUCUCAAAUCAACCCUUCCACCGUCUUGCCUCCCACCUUUGUUGGCCCCAAUCAGAAAGUGUUGGUGUCGCUGUCCGGCCCUCAUGGCACUGACAUUGUAGGCGCUGUGCUGGAUUGUCUCGCCCGUCAUCCGUGUGAUAUCGAUGACUUCAUGCUCUCCCGUCUUUACCACAAUGUCACAUUCGGUGUAUUGAUUACAUUGCAGUCUGACAAUGUAGCUGUGUUCCGUGAUCUUGCUGAAGCUGCUCAAAAGUGGGAUGCUACCUUGACCUAUGACAUUCCCGAUUCGCAAGCAACAGAGCCUCUCAUCCGCGAGCAAAAGGAAAAGAUUAAGAAAGAGAAGCGUUCAUCUGCUUCAUCCACCACCAGUGCACCCGUCUAUAUCCCUCCUUCAUUGGAAGAAGCUCCCUACUCUGAACGUACCAAGUACGCUGCUACCAUCUUGAACCAAAACGGUCUCAACUCCACCUUCCUGAGCGAAUGGACACAUCUCUUGUUGAAGCACCAUAUUUCAGUUGAAAAGAUGAUCCGUCUGAACAGAGAUAACGACAAGCUUUCCUGCGCUGAUCUUCGUCUGAGUGUCCCUCGUGGCAUGGAUAUGAGUGCAUUACGCACAGAGUUGAUUGGUUUGUCUACAAGCUAUGGUACAGACAUUGCCUUCCAGCGUGAUGAUGUAUACAGAAAGAACAAGAGAUUAGUGGUAUUUGAUAUGGAUUCUACGUUGAUUUACCAAGAGGUGAUUGAUGAAAUUGCCAGACAUGCUGGUGUGGUGGAUCAAGUUUCUGCUAUCACUGAGGCUGCCAUGAAUGGUGAAAUUGAUUUCAAAGAGUCAUUGCGUCGUCGUGUGGCUCUUUUGAAUGGAACAAGUGUGGGUGUAUUGGAGAAUGUCAAGCAGAUCCUUACCUUUACCGAGGGCGCUCGUUUCUUGUGUCGCGCAUUAAAGAAGCUUGGAUUCAAAUUAGCUGUGAUCAGUGGUGGAUUCAUGCCUUUGGCUCUCUACGUCAAGGCCGAGUUGGGAUUGGAUUAUGCUUUUGCUAAUCAAUUAGAGGUAUCAUCUGAUGGACUGACACUUACUGGUAAGACGAUUGGUCCUAUUGUCGAUGGUAUUCGCAAAGCCGAGUUACUGGAUGUCAUUGCACAAGCUGAGGGAUUGUCCCUAAAGCAAGUGAUUGCAGUGGGCGAUGGUGCUAAUGACCUGUGGAUGCUGAACAAGGCCAGUCUUGGUAUUGCAUUCAAUGCCAAGCCUCGCGUGCAAGAACAAGCAAGAGCUAGAAUCAAUCAAAAAAGUCUGAAAUACGUCUUGACCCUGUUGGGUUAUUCUGAGCAAGACAUGGAAGAGUUGGGCGCAAACAAUUAA